AUGGUUGGUUCUACGGCAAUUGUAGGGUGGAUGCCAUCUUCAAGUGAAGGGGGAAUGAAAAUGUACUCACUUGAUGGAAAAUCAACAAAAGAAGUGAUUAUUGACAAAGAAGAACUUUAUAUGAUUAAUGCUUCCAUAACUCCAGCUAGCACUUCACUAGUGUACAUGAUUUUCGUAUUGAAAACUACACAACCUACUACAAAAUUGUUAUUUGCAAUUGGACCAAAGUGUGGAUUUCCUAAUUAUCCAAACUAUGCCUUGUUCAAACAUAGUGAUCACAUAUCAUUGGUCAUAGAUUACUCAAAAGCCAUUGGUAUUGGGGAAACUCUAAAUAUAGUAGAUUUUGGAGCCAACCCAAAUGGUGAAACUGAUUCCACAAAUGAAAUUCUUACUACAUGGGCUAGGGCAUGUAACUCAACAAUACCAACCACUAUUUAUGUACCAAUAGGAAGGUUCUUAGUUGGGGGUAGUGUAGUGUUUAAGGGGAGGUGCAAUAACAAGGGCAUCACGGUAAUUAUUGAUGGUACACUAGUAGCAAAUUUUAAUUAUAAUUUUAUUGGAAAUGAAGGGAGUUGGUUGCUUUUUGAUGAUGUUGAAGGAGUUUCAAUUAUUGGUAAUGGUAUUCUUGAUGGUCAAGGCACAAGUUUGUGGGAUUGUAAAAAGUCCGGCAAGAGUUGUCCAAUUGGUGCUACGAACUUAAGAUUUGCCAAUUCCAACAACAUUGUUAUCAAUGGGAUAACCUCAUUGAAUAGCCAAAUGUUCCACAUAGUGAUAGACAGAUGCAAUAAUGUCAAAGUACAAGGAAUUAAGGUAACAGCCGCAGGAAAUAGUCCUAAUACUGACGGUAUUCAUGUUCAACUAUCAUCAAGUGUCACCAUCCUCAGUUCCAACAUAGCUACUGGUGAUGAUUGCAUCUCAAUUGGACCAGGAACAACAAAUUUGUGGAUAGAAAACAUAGCUUGUGGACCAGGACAUGGAAUUAGUGUUGGGAGUUUGGGAAAGGAAUUUGAAGAGUUUGGUGUGCAAAACGUAACAGUUAAAACAGUGAAAUUUAUUGGAACUGAAAAUGGUGUACGAAUUAAGUCUUGGGGGAGGCCUAGCAAUGGCUUUGCAAGAAACAUUAUUUUCCAACAUGCUACCAUGGUUAAUGUUCAAAAUCCUAUUGUAAUAGACCAAAAUUAUUGUCCUAAUGAGAAGGAUUGUCCUGGUCAGGCUUCAGGGGUUAAAAUUAGCAACAUUAUUUUUCAAGAUAUUCAUGGAAGUUCAGCAACAGAAGUAGCAGUUAAAUUGAAUUGUAGUCCAUUAAAUCCAUGCACUGGAAUAAGCUUGGAAGAUGUGAUGCUUACGUAUAAAAACCAAAAUGCUGAAUCACUGUGUAAUCAUGCUGGAGGAAUCACAUCUGGUGUAGUUCAGCCCAACAAUUGUUUCUAG